AAGCACAAUCUGCAUUCCGAGCCCUAAUUUUUCUGACCCCUCUCUCCACCAAACACUGCUAAAAGAAACCCUUCACUACAGGAGUACAAGAUCUCUCUCUCUCACUCUCACACCCACACACCCACACCCCACCUGCUCUCACUCUGCUCUUUGAUUAUUGCUUUCCACAGUUCCUGGUGCAAUGGAGGUGAAGAGUAAUUACGCUGUGGUGGAGGCUGCGGUGGUGAAAACAGCUCUUACUGCUCAGAUAUCUCCUGUUUGGCUUCUCUUGCAGAUUGCAUCCUUGCGCAAUGAUAUCGAUAUGCUUUCUGACACCAUUGGAGCUGAUAAACGGUUUCCUCUUGGUGACCUUAAAAAAUUGACAGAGCCUGGUGAUGGUAACAAGGAUGCUAGUGAUACCGAGGUUGGUGAUGAAAACCAAAAUGACAGUGAUGAUGAUGAUGAGGAAGGUGACGAGGAUGAUGAUCUUUCAGAUGAUGAUAGUGACGAUGAAGAUGAUUCCGAGGACGACUCUGAUGCCAUUGGCGAUGGAGCAAGUGAUGAUAACAGUGAUGACGACGACAAUGAUGAGGAAGAUGACGACGAUGAAGAAUCUGAUGACGAUGAUGAGGACGACGAGGAGGAAGAUCAAGCUCAGCCACCAUUUAAGAAGAAAAAUCCACAAGUUCUAAACAGAAUAAGGUCAUGCCAGAAAUGCUAUAUUUUUGAAAGGGCAAGAAAGGUGUUCCCAUUGGUAUCAGGAUCCUCUCGAGUCCAGUGAAUGGUUUUGUGCGUGCAUUUUAAAUUGAUGGUGCAACAUACCACAUUGAGGAUACGAUACUCAUGAAACAUAUUUAUUUCAAGGAUGCAACACCCCCAUAAGGUGCAACAACUGCUUCAAUUAUUGAUGAAACCUCAGCCUUGACAAUUGUUAUUCG